AUGUACCUAUCACUCCUCCCGCUCCUCACACUCCCACUGCUUGCCAGCGCCCAAUUCGGCAACUUCUUCGAGGGCAUGUUUGGCGGCGGUCAGCAACAGCAGCAGCAGCAACAGCGCGGCCAGAACGUCGCGUCGGAUAGUCAGUGGUACCAGAACACCUACGACGGCGCAUCGUGUAGUAACUAUCUGUGUCCUGGAACGCUGGCCUGCGUGGACAAGCCUACGCACUGCCCCUGCGCGUGGCCGGACGUCGAGGAGAAGUUUGAGCUGGAUCCAGAUGGCAUGGCGAUAUGCGUGAGUAAGAGCGGGGCGGAGGGGAUGACAAAGUUGAAGGUGGAGCUAGCAAGGAAGGGAUUGUUGUAG